ACCUCCUGUUUACAAUAAAAGCGCUCCUAUCUUAUAUUAUUUCCUUAGUAAUUUAGAAAAAAAAGUUGAAAUACCUUUACUAAACAAAUGUUCGAUAAAUGAACACACGACUUACUCAAUAAAAGGUACAGAAGAUAUUUUGCAAAUUAUCAAAGAAGGAAAAUCUGACCCUGAUUUGAUAAGUAAAGCACAAAAAAUUGAAAAUGAAUAG